AUGACUGAUGCUUCUGUGCGAAGCGAGGAAUGGCAAUACCGGGUUUCUGGCAACACUGGGAGCUAUCCUAGUACACUGUUUAUUCUGCUUCUGCCGCGUAUAUCGACCAGCCGGCGCGCGCCGCCUCAGUCGCCGCCGCCGCUCGGACCGCGCCGCGCGACACCACGCACCACUGACAGCUGCCGAUCACAACCUCAC